AUGGAAGGCUUAUGGUUAGUUUUAUUAACAUCCUCUGCAAGUAUUGCGGUCCAUGGAAAGGAUUUCUUAUCAGAUCCAGACUUGAAGUUCCGAAAUUUCGCAAAAAAGAUUGACGGGAGAAGACUCAAUGGAAGCUUGGUCAAAGAGUCGAAUGUGACAUCAGAAAUAUUUUGUCAAAUUGAAUGUGUGGCUGAUGGCCGAUGUUUAUCCUACAACUUACUCCCGAUCUUAGGCAUGGAGAUGUCCGUUUGUCAGAUCAAUCAUGGAGAUAGAUUUGUGGGCCAUCAGAAUUUCACAGACGAAGAUGGAGCAAUAUAUAGGGGAAUACAGGUCAGUAAUAAAGCGAUGUAAUGCAAUAUUGAAAUACUCUUAUAUAUACGAUUAGGAAGCCAGGAUUCCAGGAAAAAUAACACAAACUGCUUCAUUUUCACGAACGUAAUAAAGUUAGAAAUGUGCAAGAUCAUUAUACUGGCAAACGUUUCGGUACACCGAACUCCUCCUGCAAUGGGGAUCGUAUUAAAAAAAUAAAAAAUUGGGGGUAGUAUAGAAUACCUCGAGAGUGAAACGGGGACUUUUAUAGGGGAAUUAAGCUCCAUGGUUGAGCGAGAGCUGCCCCGCUACAAACCAGGAUCUUUAUAUCAAGUGGAUCCUUACAGUUCUUUCAGGAAAAUUUCGUUUUAUAGACCUCUUUAGCUUGUAUGUUUUGUUUUCCCAAUAGAGGUCCCAGGAAAACUUGGCCCUUUGUCUUUUCAUAAAUCAUGCGUAGAUAUGGACGCGAAUAAGACGAAAUUUGAAAGAAAAAGUUCCCUUGUCUUUAGAGCAUUAUCAACAAAACUUACAAGCUAAACAGUUCUAUUGCUGAUCUUGACUCAGUCAGGUACAGGCAAAACUUCAAGCUUUUCCUUUUUUUUAGAGCAUCUGUGAAAGAGAAUCACCUUGCUCCGAAGAUGAGAUAUGCAUUCCCGACUACGAAGAUGAUACCAAGCAUUUCUGCAAAUGUAUAGGUUUAGGUAAGGCGUCCAGACAAAUCUGGAUUAAUCUAAACUGUUCUCCCAGUCCUUGAAGACAGUGCCCAGGAGUAACAUUACCUAUCUAAUCAGCACUUAUGCAAUUAGGCAAAAUUAAGAAUGGUAAUUGAACUGAAUGGAGUGCAAUUUGGUCUGAAAUCAUACGCGUGAUUUCAAAAUCGAACGAGCACGCAGCGCGAGUUUGAUUUGAAAUCACAAGUAUGAUUUCACACCAAAAUUGCACGACACGAAGUUCAAUUACCACUUUAUUACAUCCAUUUUGAAAUCGCAGAAUUUAGUCAGUACUAAUAUUUUUAUUGGUCGAGUAGCCGGUUUGUUAAAAAGCCGAAACAAAAAGGCUUUUACAUCUCAUUUUGUAUUCGAAACAGAAAUGAUGCGAUAUAGAACAUGAAUGACGUGAUUUGGAACAGAUGCGAUUUAGAGCAAAAAAUGGUGCGAUUUAGGAAUAAAUCACACUGCUGCGAGCCAAUCAGAUUGCACGGAUAGCCAGUGAUUUCAAAGUGGAUGUAAUAAAUAAUGGUAAUUGAACUAAGUGGAGUACAAUUUGGUCUGAAAUCAUACGCGUGAUUUUCGAACGAGCGCGCAGCGCGAGUUCGAUUUGAAAUCACAAGUAUAUGAUUUCAGACCAAAAUUGCACGACACGAAAAAAAUUACAUCCAUUUUGAAAUCGCAGAAUUUAGUCAAUACUAAUAUUUUAUUGAUCGAGUAGCUGGUUUGUUAAAAAGCCGAAACAAAAAGGCUUUUACAUCUCAUUUUGUAUUCGAAACAGAAAUGAUGCGAUAUAUAGAACAAAAAUAGUGCGAUUUAAAACAGAAAUGAUGCGAUUUAGAACAUGAAUGACGCAAUUUGGAACAGAUGCGAUUUAGAGCAAAAAAUGGUGCGAUUUAGGAAUAAAUCACACUGCUGAGAGCCAAUCAGAUUGCACGGAUAGCCAGUGAUUUCAAAGUGGAUGUAAUAAAGACGUAAAUCUUCACAGCUUUUUUUCAAGACAAAACGUUUGCAGAGCUCAGUAGAAAUACUUGAAUUGCUUUUUCAGUUUAAAGCCAAAAAAAGAAAAAAAGAAGAUAUUUAUGGGUGCAGUGAUCUCCACCCUUCACCCCUUCACUCGAAUAAUUUUGGAUUAUGAAUUCUCGUACAAUUUGAUAGGGGGUAAAAAGAGGAUUGAUUCCCUUUUGUCCUCUGUUGCGUUCUUAGGUUACAGUAUCUUAGUGAUUUAUAGUGCUGUUUUGGAACCGAAUAAAACGACUGCAAAAGAACCAAAUCUGUUCAGUAACUUUUAUAUGGCUUCAGUGAAUAGCUCAUGUUGUGUUAUCCAGAAUGCUUUCGCCCAAGGCAUUGUCAAGACCUUUACUUAAAUGGUUCCACGACUAAUGGAGUGUACUUGGUUUACCCUGACAACGAAGGACCCAUUCAAGCGCUGUGUGACAUGACAACUGAGGGCGGUGGCUGGACAGUCUUUCAAAGACGAAUGGAUGGAUCAGUGGACUUCUACUUGGGAUGGGAAGACUACAGAAUGGGAUUUGGAAAUCUGAAUGGGGAGUUCUGGUUAGGGAAUGAUAAUCUUCACCGUCUGACUGCAAAUGCUGAUAUGAUGCUCCGAGUUGAUUUGGAGGAUUACGAUGGUGUCCGAAACUAUGCCGAGUACACGACAUUCUCUGUAGCUGACGCCAAUGACAAUUAUCGACUGACGAUUGACGGAUAUAAUGGCACCGCGGGUGACUCGAUGGUCGUGUGUGCUAAGCCAGCUAAGUACGUACGUAGGGAUAUUAUUAACGUGGCUCGAUAG